GACUCCGAGUGGGCGGGCCGAGCCGACCUACUUCUGUCCAAUGAGCGCUCGCCGCCGCUCCCGCCUCCGGCCAAUGAGAGCGCGAGGGAGCAGGCUCGGCUUUGGCUGCGUGCGCGGUACACGUGAGGCGGUGGCGCCUUCUGUACACCCAGAGGCAACGUGUUGGUGCGUUCACGUCGCCUGGGAAGAAAAAAGAAAGGGAAGGCAACUCAUGCAGGACGCUCACGUUUUGUGGGAAUCGAACAGGGGGAACCGAAACGUGUUCAUUGGGAAACGUUUAGGGACCACAUUUCAGCGUUGUCGGCGAAAUGUAAACAAACACCAGGGUCAAGUGACAGCCGUCUGCCGCCUUGAGGCGCGGCACGAGAGUGGGCGCGUCUCAUAAAUAAUACUCCAACUUGGAGGGAUCACUUGGCCACGCCUCGGCGCGACUUGUGACGUCACGUGAUCCACCCGUGGCCGUUCCAUCUGAGCUCCGGAGACGAGAGGACACACGCACACACACAUGCACACACUCGCAUGCAAAUUAGCAAAGCCCCGCCCACCUUCCACGCCGUGACUCCUCCCACUCGCCUUCCACGCCACGGACAAGUGAGCGCGAGCAAAGCAGGGACAGAAACAUCAACUUGUCAUUUCAACGACAGCACCGACGUUUUUCCUGCUCUCGUCCACGAAUUUUUUUUCCUGUUUCCGCUUCGUCUCCCGAGGAUAAAAUUCUUCUUUUUUCUUCUUCUUCUUCUUGUUGCCAUUUUGCUGCUUUUUGUUUUUGUUUUUUUUCUCCCCUUCCUUCCUCCCAGUUCGCUUCUGCCCAGGAGUGCGAUGGAAUAUUUGGAAGCCAAAAUCCUCACACGGAACUAAAAAAGGAGGCCGCUCGUCAACACUUUCAGGCAUACAAACUCCUAUUGGUCAAAUCGCCUCGCCCCUCCAAGUACCCCCCCAGGGUCCCACCCCCCUUGACCCUACAGGUGUCUCAAAGCCACCGUCUGGCCCAGGAUGUCCAGGCAGCUCAGCCAGCAGCUCCCCACCCCGGACCUCCCUGCCGGCGCCAGCCCCCAAUUCGGUUCUUGCACCCAGCCGGCGGGCUCCCUCACAGGGGGCCACCUCAGCUCCAUGGCGGGGCUCAAGUCCCUCCUGCAGCACCCCAUGAAGGGGGACCAGCGGCUCAGGAGCCCCUGCGACAUCAAAGACAAAGAGCGGCCCCUGGACAUGGACGAGGACCCCAUGGGCCCCAUGAGGAACUCGGCGGGAGUAAACGGCUGCAAUGGCGGCAACGGCGGUGGCGGCAACGGCGGUGGCGGCGGGAACUUCAACCAGUUCCUGGGGCCCCUGUUGUGGGACCGCACCUUGCCGGCUGACGGGGGCCUGUUCCAGCUGCAGUACAUGGACUUGGAGGAGUUCUUGACGGAGAACGGCAUGGGGAACAUGCACAGCAACAACAGCUCCAGCUCGGCACAGAUCCCCUCUCAGAGCUCCCAGUCGGCCGUGCCCAACCAGAGCUCCCAGUGCCUGCCGCCCCCCUCGCCGCCCGCCUCCUCCUCCUCCUCCUCGCCCUCGUCCUCGCCCUCCCUCCUGGGUCUGGAGGUGGCUCAACCCCAGAGUCUGACGGGGUCCAGCGACUGCUUGCAUGGCAGCCAGACGAGUAUGAACGACUCGUACGAGUCUCCGUCCUGCUCGUCGUCCCCGUCGUCCUCCUGCCCGCCGCUGCUGACGCCCACGGACAGCGGUCCGGAGGGCAUGGAGAUGUUCGACAUGGACCCCUCGGACAUGGCUCUGUCCAACGGGCCCGGCCAGCAGAACUUUGACCCCAGGAGGCAGUCCUUCAGCGAGGAGGAGCUCAAGCCGCAGCCCAUGGUGAAGAAGGCUCGCAAGAUCCUGGUGCCCGACAACUUGAAAGACGAGAAGUACUGGAGCAGGAGAUACAAAAACAACGAGGCGGCCAAGCGCUCCCGAGACGCCCGGCGCCUGAAGGAGAACCAAAUAUCGGUGCGCGCCGCCUUCCUGGAGCGCGAGAACGCCGCCCUGCGACAGGAAGUGGCGGAGAUGCGCAAAGAACUUGGACGAUGUCGCAACAUCCUUAGCAAAUAUGAGAACCGCCUGGCUGACCAGUGAUGGAAUAUUCCGGAAAAGACUUUUGGACUCGAUGAUGAUGACGAUGAUGAAGAUGAUGAUGAUGAAUGUAUCAGGAGGCGGCGUGCAGCUCAGGUGUUUGGUCGUCAUGGCGACGCACGGAGAGAAUAAUUUAACUUUUAGGGGUUUUGUUAUUGGAGAAUUGUAUAUUUUUAUAACACUUCAGGACACUCGCAGAGAGAGAGAAUCAUUUUGUACAUUUUCUACACGACUAAACCCGGCGGGAGGGAGGACCAUCUUUCUGUGGAACAUUUGGCUACUAGAACAAUUUGUAAAGUCGAAACUUCACUUCGCUUCCUCCAGGAGAACUUUGGUCGUCUUUUUCUUUCCUCUUUUGUGUCCACGGCGACCACACCUCCCUCUUUUUUUUUUUUUGUGCGUGUAUACGUAAUUACCAGCUUCUCUUUCAACUCCGCUUCUACCCACUUCCCUUCGAUGUUUGUUUCCAUCAGCGGCACUCCAUUAACACUCGAGACACGAUCCCUGUUGUCCACUACCUUCGUAGUACUUCAAUCAAGUAUACUUCGUAGUACUUCAAUCAAGUAUACUUCGUAGUACUUCCAUCAAGUAUACUUCUUCACUGACAAUCAACAACUUCACUACAUUAAUUAUUACCAAUAUAACUGCGAUGUAAGUAAUAUUAAUAAUAAUUAUUAUUAUCAGUAUAUUAAUAAUAAUAAUAACAAUAAUAAACUGGUUUGAUCGCUUUUAGGCAAUUUAAUACAACAACAUUUUUAUAUGUGUAUUUUUUUGACAAUUGAAACAAUUAUUAAUAAUAAUAAUACCACACAACAAUCAUUAUAAACAUAUUUAAAAAUCUAAAUUAUAUUAUAAUCAUCACAUUAGGACAUUUUAUUAAAAAAAAAUGGUGACAUUAAUUAUUAUUUGUUUAAUAUAUUGAUGAAUAUUGGAUAAUCUAGCCACUUUUUUUUUAUUUUUGUUUGGAAUUUUUUACCUCCUAAUGUGCUAAUUAUUCCUAUUUAUACCAAAGAGCAAAAAUGUUGCAUUAAAAACAAUUAUAUUAUAUCUUAGUUACCACAUUAGUACUUUUUUUUAAAUGGUAAAAAAUGAUGAAAAUGUUCCAUUAUUAUUUGUUUAUUAUAUAAAGGAUUUUGAAAUAUUUUAGCCACCCCAAAAAAAAAAAAAGUUGCUAAUGUGCUAAUUAUCAAUAAUACAAUUUGAUGAAUAUUGGAUAUUUUUUUCAGACAUUUUUUUUUACUUCCUAAUGUGCUAAUUAUUAUUAUUAAUACCAUACAGAAGACAUUUUGCAUUAUAAACAACAACAGAUCCUAAUUAUAUUAUAAUGAUAACAUUAGUACUUUUUUCAAAAUGCUAAAAAAUAAUACAAGUUUCCAUCAUUAUUUGUUUAGUACAUUGAUGAACUUUAGAUAUUUUAGCCACUUUUUGAAAAAAAAAAAAAAAAAAAAAAGUUGCUGAUGUGGUAAUCAUUAUUAAUAAUACCAUUUGAUGAAUAUUGGAUUUUUUUUCAUACAUUUUUUUAACGUCCUAAUGUGCUAAUUACUAUUAUUAAUACCAUACUGCAAUAAUUUUGCAUUAUAAACAAACCAAAAAAAACACAAAAUUAUAUUUUAUAUAUAUAUACAUAUAUAUCACAUGAGUAUAUGUUUUUAAAUGAUAAAAAAACAAUACAAAUUUCCAUUAGUAUUUGUAUAGUAUAUUGAUGAAUUUUAUAUAUUUUCACCACUUUUUGAAAUUUUCCCCCAAUUUUUUUUUAGGUUGCUAAUGUGCUAAUUAUUAAUAAUAAUACCACCCAACAAACAUUAUAAACAAUACAAAUAAUCGCAAUUGUAUUAUAAUUAUCACAUCAGGAACAUUUUUAAAAUGGUAAAAAAAAUGGUAAAAUGUACCAUUAUUUCUUUAAUAUAUUGAUGAAUUUUAGAUAUUUUAGCCACUUUUUAAAAUCUGCAAAAAAAAAAAUGUUUUAAGUUGCUAAUGUGCUAAUUAUUAUUAAUAAUAAAAAAAAAUCACAAUUAUAUUAUAAUUAUCACAUUAGGAACUCUUUUAAAUGGUAAAAAAAAUAAAUACAUUUAGUAUUUGUUUAAUAUAUUAAUGAAUUUUAGCCACUUUUUAAAAUAAAAAAAAUGUUUUAAGUUGCUAAUGUGCUGAUUAUUAUUAAUAAUACAAACAAUCACAAUUAAAUUAUAAUGAUCACAUUAGGAACUCUUUCAAAAGGUAAAAAAAAAUAAAAUAAAUUGAGCAUUAUUUGUUUAAUAUAUUAAUUAAUUUUAGAUAUUUUAACCACUUUUUAAAAUGUUUAAAAAGAAAAAAUUUAAGUUGCUAAUGUGCUAAUUAUUAAUAAUAAUACCACACAACAAUCCCUAUAAACAAUACAAAUAAUUCCACUUAUUUUGUAAUUAUCACAUUAGGAACCUUUUUUAAAUGGUAAAAAAUGUUAAAUUAACCAUCAUUUGUUUAAUAUAUCAAUGAAUUUGAGAUAUUUUAGCAACUUAAAAUUUUUAGAAAAUAUGUUUUUAAGUUGCUAAUAUGCUAAUUAUUAAUAAUAAUACCACACAACAAUCUUUAUAAACAAUACAAAUAAUCACAAUUAUAUUAUAAUUAACACAUUAGGAAGUUUUUUUAAAUGUUAAAAAAUGGUCAAAUGUAACAUUAUUUUUUAUUACAUUGAUGAUUAGAUAUUUUAGCCACUUAAAAAAAAAAAAGUAAACGUUUUUUUUUCAAGUUGGUAAUGUGCUAAUUAUGAUUAAUGCAAUGAUAUUAACUAUAUAUUACAUUUCAAAUGUAUUUUUUUAAAUAUUCCGCAAAGAUUCUAUUUUUACAGACAGGCUUCGCUACGCAUCUUCAAGUAAAGUCAGCCAGUGAUCAAAAUAAUAAAGAUGUUAGUAAACAAACGCACAUUUGUGGGUUUGAAAUGGAGAAGUGCGACUAUUUGAGGAGAUUUACCAGGAAGAAGAUUAUUAUUAUUAUGACCGUUGGAGUGGAAUCUAAAAUGGACCUUUCGACCGUUCCUACAACAUCUCUGCUCGUAUUUGCUAGAAGGACUCUUUGUUCUGAUAUUAUUAGUCUUCUUCUUAUAAUUAUUGUUGUUGUUCUGAUGUUAUACUUUCUUGAUGGAUGUUUCCUGCUGACCUCACUGAUGAUCUUCACCCCCAUGCCGACUUUUUUUGUACAAGGACGAGCUCCUCACGCCCCCUGGUGGACUAUGCAUGCUUCGUCCUUUUCUUGCUUUCUUUGCACCGUCUCCGCCUCGCGCCCGCGAUCGACCGGACGCUCGCUCUCCAGCUUGUAUCCUCCCAGAUGUGCUGGCUGCGUCUUUCCAGGGACUCUAAUCGACGCGGACGUGCCACAGCGCUCCCUGACCCACUACGUGCUGGUUCUGUGGAUGUACUUUGAGAUUUCUCCCUAAAAAAAACCCAACAAUUAAAGAUUAUUCUCGUUCAA